AUGAGAAUUAAUCAAUGUUUGGUCUUAUUCUCUACAUUGGUGUUAAUAUUUUUAGUGGGACAACUCACCCUCUUUAGUCCAAGGCGACUUCUUGUGGACAAUAAAAAUUAUGUUCGUGACAGCAAUCUGAGCGACAACGAAGAAAUGGAGAAGAGGAAGGACAAUCUUCCGAAGGUGAAUGAAACGGCGUAUAACCCACUGAUUCGUCCAAUGACGUAUCCCAUCCCUUCUCCAAAAGAAGAAAAGAAAUAUAAUAUUGCGGUGUUACCACUUCCUGGAAUGAGAGUUACACACACCCCAAAACACAGUCAUAUGAACUUCACGGUACUGAGUUAUGAUACCACUACUAAGAACAAUUGGUGGCCAUCUAAAGGGUAUUACAUCGGAAUAUUUGGAUUUGAAUAUCAGACAGUCAAUAAAGAGCAAUACACAUAUCAACAAUAUCAAGAAGAUAUCACAAUCAAUCACUACCUCUUCGAAGCAUCAAAGAAUAAACAGCUCGCUCAAUUCGACUACGUCUUCAUCGCUCCAGCAACUAUCCAAUUCGACGCUAAAAUGUCGGACGACCUCUACGAACUCAUUAACCACGCUUCUCAACUCGACGAAGAAAUUUGUUUCAUACAGAGUUAUAUGACUAAAGAAGAUAGAACAAAGGUCGGAAUGGUUCAGAAUCAAUACCGUUUGAAGGUCGAGUGGCCUCUCUUCUCGUAUCAUAGUCUCUCGGGUAUGAUCAUCCCACCUCCUUUAAUGACUAAAAUCACUUCAUUUGCUAUUACUGCUAAUUACUUGAAUAGGUAUGACCUCCUCGCUCAACACUUUUGUGAGAUCGUCGACCAACCUGUUAUUGUCUCCCCUUUCAAUAUUUACAACUUACAGAAGAACAGCUAUAACUAA